AUGGCGGCGCUGGAGCGAAGAGCGCCCAGCGGGAAGGUGGAAGCACACCUGCUCCCUGACGCCGCUCUUCCACUAUCCUCUUCUGGAGAGGAGACAGUCGGGGAGGGAGGCGGCGAGGUGCCCCAAGCCGGCCAGGGAGGAGAAGGGGAAGAGGCGGCGCCGGCAGAAGUGGAGGUGGUGGGGGGCAGCACGGGAGGUCAUCCGUACCGAUACCAGAGCGACAAAGCCGUUGCCCGCACGCACUCCUUCGAUGACGCGCUCACCAGAACUGGCGAGCGGCUGGCCGAGCGAUUCGGCUUCCCCGGCGUGGGUUCAAUGCACGUGCACAGCGAGAAGCUGUACUGCGUGGCCCGCGUAUGCGUCAAGGCAGGCAGCGGCGAGUCCUCCAUAGACGAGCUGGGCGUCUACGUCCAGAGCACCGUGGGUAGUGGUCAACCUCGCACCCGCUGGGCGAUCCACAAGAUCUGUCUGGCGCGCUUGGUCGAUUUCUACAGCUCUAUGUGUUUCCAUACAGCUGCAUGA